UUUCAGAAGAAGCCUCUUCUCUUUAGCACAAGCUGUACCAGAUGAAAUGAAGCUCAAAACGCGGUUAAUCCUUUCGGGAACCAUUUUAAUCUCGUUAGCUGCAUGUUAUUUCUUAGUUCUUUUGGUUCUCGAUUUAGAGAUAACGAGGGAUCUUAUGACUGAUUAUGUAGAUCCGCGGCCAUUACAAACCAGCUAUCAUAAACUGUGCGUUAUCGUUCCGUAUCGAGAUCGGCUUGAAGAACUUCGAGAAUUUUCUCCCCAUAUGUCAAAAUUUCUACAUAAUCAAAACGUCUCUCAUCACAUUUUAAUCAUCAAUCAAACGGAUCCUCUUCGAUUUAAUAGAGCUUCUCUAAUAAAUGUUGGCUGGAACGAAGCAGAUCGUCUUGGAUGUGACUACAUGGUGAUGAACGAUGUAGAUCUGUUGCCUGUCAAUCCAGAAGUUCCGUACGAUUUUCCGGGAAUCGGUGUGAUUCGGCACAUAACCUCUCCCCAGUAUCAUCCGAAAUAUCACUAUGAAAAGUUUAUCGGAGGAAUAUUGAUGCUGACACUGAAAGAUUACAAAAAACUAAAUGGAAUGUCGAAUAAGUAUUGGGGAUGGGGACUUGAAGACGAUGAGUUUUAUCUCAGAAUUAUCGACAGCAAGCUCAAUCUAACUCGAGUUUCUGGUCUAUCAACAGAUAGUUCAAACACUUUUCGGCAUAUUCAUGGACCAAAAAGAAAAAGAGAUUAUACUCCAAAGAAAAAUGAUAAGAAUCAAUGGGAGAUUAAACGGAAAAGAGAUCAUGUAUCCGGUCUCCACGACGUCCGCUACCUCAUCGAUAGUCGCCAACUCCUCGACUUUUCUGGAACUUCAGUUACCAUUAUCAAUGUCGCCUUACACUGCGAUCUGAAUUGGACACCUUAUUGCAAAUCAUAGUCCAUAAUAUUAUAUCAUUUAUUUAUUGUUAUCCUCAUUCCAGUUUUGCAAUUUUCAUUUUUUCCAGUCUUUCCCCCCAGUUAUUCAGUGCCUUUUCUUACUUUUUUGUACGCGGGUCUCCCCCUCAUUCGGGUUCUCAUUUGUGAUUUUUCAAAAAGAUUUAAUCGGUUUAAUUUAAUUUUCCAAGUGCCUUUCAAAUUCUAGAAUAAUUUAUCCAUAAAAUAUACAAAUGAUUACAAGUUUUAAAAAAAAGAAAAAUUUAC